CGUAUGCAGCAUCAUGUCCGCGCCCGGCGCGCGCAGCAUGUCAGGUAUUAGCAGAAAGUGCGUGUGGGUGCAUGUGGGAGGUAGGAAGCUGUAAGAAGCUGUGGGGCUGGCGGAGAGCGCUGCCGCCGCUGCGAGCGUCGCACCGCUGAAUGGGAAUCUAUCCGGCAAACUCCAACAGACCGCUGUCUCCUACGCGCGCCCUGCGUAAAACCAAGCGGCGCGUCUCCGAGUGUGGCUCGGGCCGACCCACAGGCGGCGAGCGCGCUCAGCAGCUCGGAUCGGACGUCGACUUUUCCCGCACUUGUUCCCGACUCGCAGCGGCUCGCAACAGCGGCAUGCCCGCCAUCAAGAAGGAGCGCCUGGACGGCGACGACAUGGCUUUGGCCGCCUUCAACCAGUCCGAAUACUUGGCCCCUUUAAAUGCCGCCGCGAUUCCCGUGGUGACCCCGCACCCGCCGCCUUACGAGCACAUUUUGGCCCACCACCGCGCGUACUUGGGGCUCCACGACUCGACCCUGCAUCACCAGCACCUCCAGCACGCCACGGACGACUUGAUGCUGGAGAGGUUUUCCUCCAUCCCGGACUUUCAGCCUUUUUUUGACAACGGCGAGCCGUGCAUCGAGGUGGAGUGCGGGGAAAACAAAGCUUUGCUUUAUAUUAACAAACUCUGUCAAGGCAGCAAAGGACCCUCCAUUAAAUACCGGGGCGAGUGGCUCACUCCCAACGAGUUCCAGUUUGUCAGUGGCCGGGAGACAGCCAAAGACUGGAAACGGAGUAUUCGACACAAAGGGAAAAGUCUCAAGACUCUCAUGUCUAAAGGAAUCUUACAGGUGCAUCCUCCAAUCUGCGAUUGUCCGGGUUGCCGAAUCUCCUCUCCCGUGAAUCGUGGCCGCCUCGCUGAGAAGCGCACCAUCCCGCUGCCCCCCAACCGUGUGCCCAAGAAGGAGCUGGCCUCCAUCUUCAGCAGUGACGACAGUGAAGGGAGCGAACGGACCAGUGGGGAUCAUGGCCACAUCAAGCAGGAAGACGAGCUUCAUUACAGUAUCGUGCGCAAGGGUCGUGACAGUGACCUCUCUACAAUCAUCUCGAACCUGCACCACAGCAGACAGCAUGGCAUGCCCGAGGGCCAGUCAGCCUCCGACCACAAUGCCAGUCCGGGACACGCAGAUGACCUUCUUGGAAAGAGGAGAAGCUUUUCUCCCAACAGCAGCAGCAACUCCCCCUCGAACAGUAAGAAGUCCCGCAGCGUAUCCCCCAAAGAGACCGCACAGAGCCCAGAAGGGGAGGCGGGUGGCAGCCACAGCCACAUGAGCCCCGAGGAGCACUACAGGCACAUGAUGUCAGCACUCAGCGAGCACGGAUCCUACGAGGAGCAGCAGCAGCGCCUCUACCAGCUGGCCAGCAGCAUGGGACUGCCCGGACAUGACGUGCUGCGCGCUCAGCAGGAAGCGUUGGCUGCGGCGGUGAGGAAUCCGGCGGCCUUAGAAGCUCACCUGCCCACGGGAGGCAGCUCCUCAUCAUCCAGCCAGAGACGCAAGCAGGGCCUACCGCAGCACCGGGAUGCACAUUACACAGAAAGAGAACUGUCCCAACCUCCGCCCCUCCUUUCACCUUCAACGGCCCCUCACAUCGCGCUAGGACCUCACUUGCGGGCUCCUUUCCUCGGCUUGCCCUCAGCGCUCUGCCAGGCCCCUGGCUAUGGUUUCCUGCAACCAGCUCAAGCCGAAAUCUUUGUGCGGCAGCAGGAAAUGCUGAGGAAGCAGAAUCUCGCAAGACUUGAGAUGUCAGCCGAGCUUUUGAGACAGAAGGAGUUGGAGAGUCUCCACCAGCGACAGCAGCAGCAGCAAUUGCUGAGCUCCGACCCGCUGGCCGCCCUCCCCGCCAGCCUGCCCUUGGACCACCCGGCCCUGCGGAGCCUCCAAGACAUCCCGGAGGGUCAUCCUCUCCGAGAGGAACUGGUCCGCCGCUCCAAUGCCAUGCUGGUGCUUCGACACGGGGCCACGGCGCCCCUCCUAAGCGCCGACCAGCAGGAGCAGCCCAAGACGUCGUCUACCCACAAAGAAGCCCAAGCCCAGAGCUUCACAACCGGUUCUGACGCCGAUUCCAAGAAGGCCGCCCACCGCGGCCCUCAGCCCGAGCUCCGCGCUGGCCAUCGCAAAAGAAGAAGAGAGGACAGAGGAAGCGAGGGAGACGACGAGGACACGAAGGACUCGGGCAGUGAAACGGAAACAUGCGACGAGAGGCGGGAAGGCCCCGCUGCCAAAUCGAAAAGCAAACACAAGGACAGUCGAGAAAGAGACGGCAAGGGGCCGUGCAACAGCGCCAAGGAGAGUCAAGAAUGCUCGGGCCGGCUCAACGCAUCUUGUAGUUCAGCCGGCACCAACUCGCCCAGUCGCCACUUAUUCACCUCGGCGCUGGGGAAGUCCGAUGUCAAGCUCCAGCUUCCACCUGGAUUUGUGCCACCUCUGCCCGCUCUUCAAGGACAGUCGUUGCCCUUUGGAUUCCCAUACAUCAAUCCUUACUUUCACAUGGGCUCCGUGGGAGGUCUUUUCAUGGACGGGGAGGACUCGGUUCCAGCGAACCCCGUGGAGGACUUAAGCAAGUGGAGCGUGGAGGACGUGUGCGGUUUCAUAAGCAGCCUGGCAGGAUGUGCUGAAUACGCUCAGGUGGCGCGGCGCAUCGGCAGACUUUUCUACAUGACUGGAUUCCCGCUGGCCUUCCCGUUCCCGCCGUCGGCCGCCCUGCGCCCUUCGGAGCGGGACGGGGAGGCCCCGGGGGUGCCCGCCGACACCCCCUCCUUGCCCCUCUCCCUCCUCCAGAGACCCGCCUCCACAAGCGGAAGCCCUUCUCCUUUCGGCGGGCCCACCCCGGGCUGCUCCUCACCCAAGCGGGAGAAGACCAACGGCUCCACGGCGGUGGGAAGAUAAGGGCUCCCUCGUCACAGGGUUCGCUUGAACUUCCAGGCCUUAAAACAGAAAUGGACGGGACGGGGGUGGAGUGGGGGAGGGCAACGUGGAGGACGACAUGGACUGAGUUCCUGUCCAGAGGUUGUGUCUGAGCCGAAUCCAAAGAAAGUGGCUCGGGAGACGCACGAGGCGCAAAAAAAGAGACAGCUGGUCACAGACAGCAUGCCAAAAAGAGGCCACGAACGCCACAUUCUUGCAAGUCAGACAAGCCAACGCCAGCGGAAUAUGCCGUCUGUCCUUCCUUCGUCCCUUCCUUCCUUCCUUCGUUCCUGUGCUGGAUUUCUUUUUCCACCUUCUUUUCUGUACCUGUCCACUGCAAGCCCCGCACAAUCCAGGAAUAAGACUCAUCUCCCCUCUCCCCUCUCCCCGUCCUCCUCCUCCUCCGGCUUUAGGGAAGCUGUCGUCCUCGUCCUCGUCAUCUCCGAGGCCGGAGCGGCGCCACGCUAAAACGAGCUCCGUCUUUUCACAGCAACUAUGCAUUCCACUGUCCCGAUACCAAAGAUGACCGGAUGAGUGGAAUUGAAACCAUGUUUCUGCUUCUGUUUGCAUGAAGGCUGUCAGACAGAGAGAAAGAGAGAGCGGGGAAUAAUGAAGCACUCGAUGGUAUUGAGAAAGGACUGUAUUCGGACCGCACUGACAGGAAUCACAAAUCGCAAUUCGUCAUUCGCUAAAAAAUACAUCAAUAAAACCCUAGAUUUAUGAGAGGUCGCUCUGAAUUUGGGUCCUUUUCAUAUUGCAAGAAAAAAAAAUGGACGAGUAAAGAGUAGCCUUGGGUGUAGUCGACCCCAGAGUCGUUCCAGAUCCCCGUUGACCUUGAGCGGGAUAAAAAUGAUCAAAAACCGAUGGAUGGAUUACAAGAAAAAAGUUAUCAUGACCAAUAAUAGAUUAUUACGAAGGUCAAAUGUCACAAGAAUAACACGCAAGAAGCCAACUGUUAUGACAUUGAAAUUACGAGAAUCGUCCAAAUAACACCAAACUUUUCAAUUAAGUAAUGAGAAGCAAUAAAUUCAAACAUUAUAUGACUUAAAUACAAAUUAAAAAAAAGAAAAAAAAAGAUCUGCCUAGUCCAAGAAGAAAAAUGCCAAGAAAUUCACAUGAACCUGUAUUUGAUCAAAUAGACAAUAAUAUUUCCUUCUGCAAAACAUAUGGCAGGUCUGUAUCUCUUCAUUUGAUUUCUUUUUUUUUGUUUUUCUUUUCAGUGUGGUCCGAAUAGUCUUGGUACAACAACACGCGUGUUGCUGGAAACAAUAGCUCACACCGUUUGGACACUUGUGUUGACUACUGUUGGGAGAGUUUGAAAUAAUAAUAAUGAGAAGAAGAAGAAGAAUGACGAAUCAUGCAAAAUUGUACAGAGUCAUGCUUGAAAUGAAAAUAUCCUGAAGGUUGCAUACGUGGUACUUUCAAUUUUUUGCUAAAUGUAGAUGCACGAAAAGAACAAAAAAGUUUUCUUGACUUAAAAAAAAAAAGAGAAAAGAAAAAAAAGAAAUAA